AGCCUCUAGAACAGGCAAGCGAUCGCGUCCCCCGCAGUUUCUGGUUUACCAAACGAAUGCUUUGUUUCUGCGUUUGGAUUUAGUUAAAAUUAAAAUACUAUCAGUUGAUAAUAAAGUGGAACAACAUAGAAUUUUGUGUGCUGUGAACUUUAGAUCGCGAUUUUGAAGAUGCAGCCUCUUUGAUCUGGUUGACCUUGGAACAUGGAGACGAGAGCUGAUGAUGAGGAAGCCCCGACCGACCCAGCAGCCAGGAAACAAACGUAUCACGAUUACACAGAGCAAGAUUUUGAAGGCCAUCGAGCCCACACAGUGUUUGUGGGUGUACACGUGCCCGCCCGCAGACACUCCCACAGGAAACACAAACACCACCACCGCAACGGGGAGAAGGAGAGCGAGAAACCAGGGCCCCCGAUAAUGUCUCGCGUCAGAAGAUUGAGCGUUACGGACGACGGAGAAACAUUGACUCCACCAGCACAGAGAGUGCAGUUCAUACUUGGCGAGGAUGUCGAUGAUAGCACACUUGAAUCUCAUCCUUUAUUUUCCGAAAUGGAAGAAUUGGUCAAAGAGGGUGACGAACUGGAAUGGAAAGAGACAGCUCGAUGGAUCAAAUUCGAAGAAGACGUCGAAGAAGGGGGCAAUCGUUGGUCUAAGCCACACGUUGCCACUUUAUCAUUGCAUUCGCUUUUCGAACUCCGCAGCCUGAUCCUAAACGGCUCUGUUAUACUGGAUAUGGAAGCUAGUUCACUAGAACAGGUAGCGGAUAAUGUAUUGAACAGCAUGGUGAACGAUGGGUCGCUUGGAUAUGACUCUAGAGAAAAAGUUAAGGAUGCACUGCUAAGACGUCACAGACAUCAACACGAAAGACGAAACCAUAACAUGUCUAGGCUACCUCUAAUUAGAUCGCUGGCCGACAUUGGCCGCAAUCACUCCUCUUGUAAAAUGGAAGAAGGCGGUACAGGAAGUGGAAAUUCUCACAAAGGAGAAUUCAGUCGUUUCCUAGGCAUCCCUAACGCGGGUGGUGCCAGCGACGAAGGCAUGGUAAAGAGUCCAAGCAGCGUUUCAAUGAAUCGCCAUCAGAGUACAGGCGAUCUCCACUUGAACGGAGAUAUAAAUCAUAAGUGUAAUUUAAAUUUUAUGAGAAAAAUUCCACCAGGAGCGGAGGCCUCCAAUAUCUUAGUUGGAGAAGUCGAUUUCCUUGAAAAAACAUUAUCAGCAUUCGUAAGACUUAAAACCGGGACCAUCAUGGGUGAUUUAACAGAAGUACCAGUCCCGACCAGGUUUAUGUUCGUUCUAUUAGGACCACCAAACAGCAAUUCGAGUUUUCAUGAAAUCGGCCGUGCUAUGGCCACAUUGAUGUCCGAUGAAAUAUUUCACGAAGUCGCUUACCGAGCUAAAAAGAGGGAUCAUUUAUUAGCUGGCAUAGAUGAAUUUCUCGAUGCUGUCACAGUUUUACCACCAGGUGAGUGGGACCCGGCCAUCCGUAUAGAACCACCAGCAGCUAUACCCUCGCAAGAUCCUCGGAAACGUCCUAAUGAUAAUCCUAAAGAUGAAUUAGACGAAGAAGAAGAGGAGCAAAAGCAAAGAGAAGAGUCAGGAUUAGCAAGAACAGGACGAUUAUUCGGUGGCCUAAUAAAUGAUCUUAAAAGAAAAAUGCCAUGGUAUUGGUCGGACUUCAAAGACGCUUUAGCUCUACAAUGCAUUGCCUCGUGGAUAUUUUUGUAUUUUGCAUGUCUAUCACCCAUAAUAACUUUUGGCGGACUACUUGGCGAGGCGACUGGAAAGAAUAUGGCAGCAAUGGAGUCUUUGGUAUCGGGAUUUGUCUGUGGAAUGGGCUAUGGUUUCUUUUCCGGACAACCGUUAACGAUUUUGGGCUCGACGGGGCCCGUAUUGGUUUUUGAAACGAUUGUAUUUGAAUUUUGCAGACAAAUAGGUUGGAAUUAUAUGUCGUUUAGAUUUUGCAUUGGGACGUGGAUCACGGUUAUUUUGAUCAUAUUGGUCGCGAUCGACGCAAGUGCGCUUGUUUGUUACAUAACAAGAUUUACAGAGGAAAAUUUUGCCACAUUAAUAGCCUUCAUUUUCAUUUAUAAGGCAGUUGAAAACGUUAUAUCUAUAGGAAAGAAAUAUCCUAUGAAGACACGCGCCGACGAAGGCUUCAAUUACGAGUGCUAUUGUUUACCAACCAAUUAUUCUAGAGUACCGGAGCAAUUUAAUUGGUCCACUGUUGAUAAGGAGUCUUGUCAGUUAAACAAUGGAACGCUAACGGGAGAAGGAUGCCAUACAAAGGAAUAUGUACCAGACGUUUUUCUGAUGUCCAUAAUACUGUUUCUAGGAACGUUCACAAUUUCAAUUAUAUUAAAGGACUUUAAAAACUCACUAUUCUUUCCAUCGAAGAUAAGACAGGUCAUAAGCGACUUUUCAGUUAUUAUUGCUAUAUUAUCAAUGUCAUUCUUGGAUUAUAAAGUUGGGGUCAAAACUCCCAAACUCGAAGUACCAUCCGAAUUAAAGCCAACGUUGCCCACGAGAGAUUGGGUUAUUACACCAUUCAAUGGAAACCCGAUAUGGUCAGCCUUGGCAGCCUUACUGCCCGCUCUAUUGGGCACCAUACUUAUUUUCAUGGACCAACAAAUAACUGCUGUUAUCGUGAAUCGUAAAGAGAACAAACUGAAGAAAGGCUGCGGCUACCAUUUGGAUUUAUUCGUUUUGGCCAUAUUAAUACAAAUCUGUUCCGUUAUGGGUUUGCCGUGGUUCGUAGCGGCCACGGUUCUUAGCAUUAAUCAUGUGAAUUCAUUGAAAGUUGAAUCGGAGUGUGCGGCUCCCGGAGAAAAGCCGCAAUUUCUAGGAGUCAGAGAGCAAAGAGUUACCCAUAUACUGAUUUUCUUGACCAUAGGCUGCUCGGUUGUAUUGACACCGGUUUUAAGGAACAUUCCCAUGCCGGUACUUUUUGGAGUCUUCUUGUAUAUGGGUGUAGCGUCACUAAAAGGCUUACAAUUUUUCGAUCGGAUUCUGAUAAUGUUUAUGCCUCAAAAAUACCAGCCAGACCACAUGUUUUUAAGACAGGUGCCUAUACGACGCGUCCAUCUUUUUACCGCAGUACAAUUAACCUGCCUCGUUUGCUUGUGGGUAAUAAAAUCUUUCUCUCUGACGUCGAUUUUAUUCCCUUUAAUGUUGGUCGUUAUGAUUGGAAUAAGAAAGUCAUUAGACUGCUUCUUUACGAGGAGGGAACUGAAAAUACUGGACGACGUGAUGCCGGAAAUGACAAAGCGAAAUCAGGACGAGCUGCGAGAACUUGGCGAUGCUGAGGAAUCAAAUAAGAGCAAUCCUCCAGCAUACCAAGAAAACCUACAGAUACCACUUAUUAAUGGAAAUAUUAUGAACAUACCGCUCACCUCUAUCAAUAUCUCAGAGGAGGUAAACAAAACUGGUAUAUGGAAACAAGUUAAUAGCAAUAAUAAGAGUCGUAACGAUCAUAAGAAUAAAUCCGGAAAGAAAAAUAAUAAACACAAAAAAAAUAUGUCGAAAAAUGCACAAACGGAAAUCGAAAGGAGACUGUCCGUAAUGGACGAAGUCGAAGAAGACGAUCCAUCGGUUAAGAGCGAUAUUGUAAGGCGCAAGGACUCGUGGAGCGGUGGAAUCAAAAAGAGUGAAUCUGGAAAAAAUAAUACGUCUGCCGAAACCUCGGUGUAACACCGUUUCGAAGUCUAAAAGGUUUAGUUUUAUUAUGGCCAAAUUUAUUUCCUACCGUCUUUUAUAGAAUCAGAUUAUAAUUUUUUGUGGCUUAUACCGGUGGACGAGCUCACAACCCGCCUGGUGUUAAGUGGUUACUGGAGCCCAUAGACAUUUACGACGUAAAUGCGCCACCCACCUUGAGAUUUAAGUUCUAAGGUCUCAAGUAUAGUUACAACGGCUGCCCCGCCCUUCAAACCGAAACGCGUUACUGCUACGCGGCAGAAUUAGGCAGGGCGGUGGUACCUACCCGUGCGGACUCACAAGAGGUCCUACCACCAGUAAAGUAUUUGUGUAUACUUUAUUUUUAAAUAUCGGUGUUAGUUUCAGAACAUAGUUGUUAAUAUUUAGUAUAAUAGGAAUAUCGUAGAUUAUAAAAAUUACUACUAAGCACCUCUGUACUGUUAUAGAUGUCUAGUCAGUACCAGGUCCGUCUUUUCCACUGGCCACUAUGGCCCAAGACCUGAAGAUCCUUGAAGGCAUCUAAUUAUGAAUGAGACCGAGGAAAAGGACCUUAUGUGCCUGUGGUAGAUUGUGCACUAACCCUUUUGCAUUCGCAUGAUGUUAAUUAAAAGUCAUGUGUCAUUAGAGACUCAAUUAUCUCCAAGUUCCAGCGCCUCCAAUAGGUUUUAGCUAUAGGUAGGUAUUUUGUAAUAAAUGUAUAACUGUAUUAUCUAAGUAGGAGGCCCUGUUAGUUACUCGCAAAAAAAAAGUGCCAAAUAUAGCAGCAGUCUCUACGUAUUAGAACAUAAUGUGUGAUGUAGGUUAGCAAAAUCAUAAGACGUAUUGUUUGUAUUCAGAAAAACGACAGUUCGUUAUAAAUAGGAAUUAUAAAAAUGUGCUAUUUUUUCUUAUCUAAAUGGAAAGCAAAACCAGACGGUCAAUAUGUGUGUCUUGGGUGAAGAAAAAGCAUAUAACAAUAUACCAGUCAAUUAGGAAUUAAAAAAUUACCAAUUAUUUUUCGAUUAAAUACCUCUAAAGAAAAUCUGAUCUUCAAGUCAGUCAAGAUUUAUACGUUAAAAAUUAUAAAUUCGACAUUUUUUUUUUUAUUAUAGACAAGAAUGUGCACAGAGUAUCUACCAACGUGUAUUCUAUGACCGAUUUGCUUCAUAGAUCACUUUGGUUUUUGGCGGGAACGCGAGGAGUGAAGUUGUGUGAUUUAUUUUAUUUUGUCUGUUUAGUGUUUCUUAAGGUUUAAAUGUGUAAUAACGGUGGUUUAUUAACUGUUUAAUAUCUGUGAAAGUGCACAAAUGUGGGAAAAUGAAACAAAGCCGCUGGACGUCACUUCUCGGGAUCCUCCAAAAAGUCCAAUGAAAAAGUCUCAGUAAAUGACCACCAUUUUACUGAGAUUAUAUUUCACCCCAUAUCAUCUCAUCUCAUUUCAUUUGAUUUCAUCCCAGUUGAUGAAUGUCUCAAAUUAAUCAUCUUCAUUUCAUUUCAUCAUUUUUCAUAAAAAUAAGAAUAUAAUAUAAAUUAAAAUAAGACAUGGACUAAAGGUCUUAGUUACCAGGUCAUAAAAUCCCCUUUAAAAAAAUCGAUCGCUUUGAAAUAUGCAGAUAGAUUAAUAAUUGAAGAGAAAACGCACUCGACAAUGAGUGUCGCAAUCGUUUAUAGAAAUCGGUAAUGUUAAGUUGUUGCCUUCCGUUGAGAAACCUCGUCAGGGGUUGUUUGAUCUAAUGUGAUGACAUCAUAACACUUGUUCUAUGGAAGAAUGUAUAUUCAAAACUGAGAACGAUACAGGACAUAAAAUAAUUCUAGAAAAUUGGAAAGAAUUGUACUUGUGUCCAGUUUGUAUGAUUUUUAAUAGGUAGACACAUUUAUUUGUAUUAAAUCAUAGUAAGUAACUCAAAAUAUUGAUAGUUUAAAUGUAUGUUUUAUGGUACUGUCUUAUUUGUUAAUCUUUAAAAACAUGUAAGUGUUUAUUUUGUAACGAUUUAAAAUCCAAAGACAAAAUUAGUUUUUAAAAUUACGUUUCGAUCUAAAAUUUAGCCUAAUAAUGAAUCUACGUAAACUGUCAAUUUACAAAAACAAAAUUAAACUUUCGAUUAUCUAAAUAAAAUUAGGUAUGAUUAGUUACAUCUUAUUUACAUAUAAAGCAUGGCGUGUAGACGUAAGAACUGUCUUACUGUCUUAUAUUAGAGACAUGUUGAAAUAGUGUCCCGCUGUAAGUGGCAAAUUACAACUCAGAAAGCCAUGAUAUGAUACGGAUGUAGCAGCUAUAAAGCGAGUGAUGUAUUAAAAAAAAAAAUCUUCAUUUUCAAGGCGCUAUUUUUGAAAUUGCACCUCUUGCUACAGUGGCGCCACCCUAAUUGGUCACUUUUAUAGUAGAAAGUGCUGUGUACCUCUACCCGAUAUACUAUAAACCAAGACUAGAAUUUAGUGAAGUAGUCGUAAUUAAGCAUUUUGAAUCAAUUAUACCAUUUAUUAUGUUAUCAUUGGUCGGUUAAAGUUAAUCAUCAAUGUUUGUACCUGGCUGUAUGUUUGUUACGGAUUUGUAUCGUUUUUAUUGAUAUUAAAUGUGGUGUGUUAACGAAA